UAACAUAUGAUACCAAAUGUAGCUACUCCAGGAGCUCCAAGCCCUGUAUUGUUCUCUGUAGAGCUUGAUCCACAGCAGCAUGUCCCGCUGCUCUGGAUAGGAGGUCGCUCUGAACUUGCGCUAACGCCAGUUUAUUGUUUGUUAAGCGAAGCGCGGUCUGUGAACCGGGUAACAAGGAAGAAUAGCGGUAAAACUACUUGGACUGUGAACACGAGAUAUGUCGAUGUGAAUUAGGACGCGUCGGAGCGUACAGCUGGACACAUACCGACAGCCAGGAGAAGCGGGUCUGUUCCUGGAGAUCAAUGGAAGCGAACACAACAUAUGGAUACAGCCGAUGUCGACAGGAAUGGAGUGUUGAUGUAUGAUGGCAGGUCGGGCAUGCACGUUGUGCCGACUGAAACAGGUUGGUCUCGCCUCGAUCAAACUUCAGCAAAAUCGGACGUGGGACGAUUAGCGCGCAUUUAGGUGCUGAAGAUGAACUGAAUCCCUGUCGCUUGCAGCGGCGCGCCUGGAUAUGACGGCAGGUUUAUUAUGGGAAACUGCGCUGUAGCAUUCACCGGACUUUUAUUGGAUUUAGAGGGUUAUCCUAAUCGCUGCAUCUGUGUGAAGGUCGUCUCCCAAUUCUGAUCCGGAUAUCCUUCAGAUCGGAGUCUGUGUGCGUUGUGAGACCACAGAUGGACCCCCUGUGUAAUGGAGCCAAGAAACCUGAGGGUAGUGAUCCCAUUGCAGACCCCCGGCCCCCUCCUGCCAAGCUGGCUCGUCUGGAACAAAACGGAGCGGGACCCUCGGCCCAGGAGAGCAGCAGGCAAGGGAGUCCAGGGGCCAAAAACCCCUGCCUGGCCCAGAAACCCACCACAGUGAGGUCACAAGGCAAGAGCUGGCACACUAAAGGAAGCUUGCUGCCGGUAUUCUGUGUGGUGGAGCACAGGGAAAGCUCUUUGGAGGGAGAGAGGACAGAAGAACACGCUGAGUUUGUGUUGGUCAAGAGAGACCUGCUGUUUAACCAGCUGAUAGAGAUGGCCCUGCUGACACUGGGCUACUCGCACAGCUCUGCCGCACAGGCCAAAGGUCUGAUUCAGGUGGGCAGGUGGAACCCGGUGCCUCUGUCUUGUGUAACAGAUGCACCAGAUGCCACAGUGGCCGACAUGCUGCAGGAUGUUCACCAUGUUAUCACCCUUAAAAUACAGCUGCACAGCUGUCCUAAAUUGGAGGACUUGCCAGCUGAGCAGUGGAGUCACUCAACGGUGAGGAACGCUCUGAAGGAGCUCCUCAAGGACAUGAACCAGAGCUCGCUGGCCAAAGAGUGCCCACUGUCCCAGAGUAUGAUAUCAUCUAUUGUAAAUAGCACUUACUAUGCAAAUGUCUCAGCUGCCAAGUGUCACGAGUUUGGUCGAUGGUACAAGCACUUCAAGAAGACCAAAUGCUUCAAGGAGAUUAACAGCUUCUCUGACCAGUCAACACAUAUCACCCUCACCCAGCAGCCAAUCACAGGUAGCCCAGCUGAUCAGAGCUCGAGCCUUCUUUUCCCUCGUGGAGGAGUAGCCAACAUCUGUGGCCGUUCCCCUCUCGGUCUUCAUCCCCCCGGGUUGGUAACUCAACCUCUCAACUGCCAAAUGGUCAGCCAGCAGCUAGUGAUGGCCCAGUUUCUCAACCAGCAGUAUGCUGUUAGCCGUAUGUUAGCUGGCCAGGGUCUCUCGCCAUCCCCACAGCAGUAUCUCAACCACCCGCCUGUAGGGAGGCCUCCUGCCAAGGUCUUCUCCAAAGCCCCUGAUUCCCAAGGCCCGCAGCAGGCCCAGUGUGGCCCAGGGGGAGGCCCUGCAGCAGGACAGCAAAACCAGACAUCGGCUGGGUCUUCUCUGGGGCAAACGGAUGUGCCAAGUGAUAUCUACCACUGUGUGAGAGAGGAACUGAAGAGAGCAGGCAUCUCCCAAGCCAUCUUUGCCCGUGUGGCCUUCAACAGGACCCAGGGCCUGCUGUCAGAGAUUCUGCGGAAAGAGGAGGAUCCUAAACAUGCCUCCCAGUCUCUGCUGGUCAACCUGCGAGCCAUGUACAGCUUCCUACAGCUCCCCGAGGCUGAGAGGGAGCGCAUCUACCAGGAGGAGAAAGAAAGAAGCCUGACUGGAUUCACACCCAGCUGCAACAACACGCCACCAAGAUCCACACAGGCGAGACUGUCCCCAGUCACAGCAGACAGAGGGUUGAGGACAGACAGUUGUGUUCUCAAUGUCAGCUCUUCUAUCUAUGAGGAGAUUCAGCAUGAGAUGAAGAGAGCCAAGGUGUCUCAGGCCCUGUUUGCAAAGGUGGCCGCCUCCAAGAGUCAGGGCUGGCUGUGUGAGCUGUUGCGUUGGAAGGAGGACCCCAGUCCAGAGAACCGAACCCUGUGGGAGAACCUGUGCAUGAUACGCCGGUUCCUCAGCCUGUCCCAGACUGAACGCGAUGCCAUCUAUGAACAGGAGAGCAUCAACACAACUGCACAGCAGCACUGCACUGACAGACUUACACUGCUCAGCAAUGACAAUACACUGUAUCAACGCCACUCUCCACUGCCACAGCAACACCAUCUUCAACCCCAUCAACCCUUGCAACCUGAGGCAGGACCUCACCUGUCUCCACGGCAACCAUGCGCCGCAUCACCAGCCGAGUCUGAGGCUGGGGGCAACUGGGGGCACUUGAGAGUACGUUUGCAGGGCAGGGGCAGUAGCAGUAGUGAGAGAGGUGACAGCAAGGACUGGGUUGAGGGGGGAAGAGGGGACAGGGGGAUUUUGGGUGGGGACUGGGGUUGUACUGGGAGGGUGAGGGACAAGGGUACAGAAAGCAAGGAGCAGGUGAGAGGUGGAGAUGAGGACGAGGAAGGCAUAAAUGAGAGCAUUGGAGACGGUGAAGAGGUCAAGUUUAAGGAGACGCUCUCUGUGAAGUGGUCCAGUGUGAAGGAUGAGGACCGAGGUAGAGUUGGGGUUUGUGUAGAGGCAGAUAAUGAGGUUAAAGCUGGAGAUGAGGUCCAAGAUGAGGGGUUAAAAGUGUCCCACGAAGCUCUGGGUAUCCUGCAAAGCUUCAUCCAGGAUGUGGGCCUCAACCCAGACGAGGAGGCAGUCCACACCCUGUCGGCUCAGCUGGGCCUGCCCAAACACACCAUCCGCAGCUUCUUCAACAGCCAGGAGCAUGGACAAGGUCGAGACCAGCAUCAACAUCAGAGCCAGAUCCAAAAACACAAGCGAGAAAAUCAGCAUGGCUGUACAGACCCAAACCAGUCACAGGCAGUCAGAACUACUGAGGAACAAGAGGAGGAAGGUGACACAAAGGCUGAAACAGAAGAAAAGGAGGAGGAGGAGGAGGAGGAAACAGGGAGAAAUGAUGUGAGCGAGAUAACUAUUUUGAAAGAGUUGGAUGUUAGCACUCAAACCAUUCCCCCUAUGAAGGAAGAGCGGGAGAGCUACAUCUAGCACAAACCCCAGUACAUUCAACACAGGUUGAAUGAGUCAUACAGUAUGUUCCCUGUGAGCCACUGAGGUGUUUUUCUUCUCUGAUACAACACAUCCUUGGUCCAUGUGCAACUCAACCAUUGUUACAUACUAUAUUGAGUGCUGACACAGUGCUUUGGCGUGUUUAUAGGGUGUCCUGAAAGGCUGUGGAAAGACUAAUUCUAUCUGUUUAUACCACAGAAGGAUGCUCGUAUUCAUAACCAGAGACCUAUAUUAUAUUUAGGAAACAGGUUCUGUGAUUUGAGGUUCCCUAAUGCACUUGAGACAGAAAAUAACUGUGACUAUAUGUACAGAUAAUGUUAUUACACAUGGUUUCUGUGUAGAUACUGCAAAGAGCCUCAGAUUACAAAUCACUGUUUAAUAAGAGCAACUGUAGUUGACUGAUCUAAAGUUCCAGAAAUGUUCAUGCCAGAAAUGCCUUGUAGAAAGUGGCACUGCCCGUCUGUUUUUAUAUGAUCCGUAUCUCCAUUGUUUGUAUUGAAACUAUGCUUUAGGAGUGUUUUGUGUUAUGAAUCAGAUUUCUGCCAGUCAUUUAAACGUUUCCUUCAGAAGCCUAUCUUUAAUUUCUUACAUUGUUCUUGUCCAUAUUUGUCUGUAAAAUAUAAUAUUUCUGUUUUAAAUUAAAUGUGUACAAGAAAAAAGUCACUUGCUAUUUA